GGGGUAAGUAGAAGAAGACUUCAUUAAACCCUGAAAAAAAUCGCCAUAAAUUGUGAAAAUCUGACUUUUUUUUUUAACAAGGACUGGACAACAAAGUAUGUUUAUUGUUUCCUGUCGGACCUUUUAAGCGGCGGACACUGUGGUAGACAAGCAGCAACAACGGUGGGAAUUCACACGUGCGUUUUCAGCGAGCACAGGCUAAUACGUGCAGGGUGCAGCAGUUGUAGUAACAGCUAUGCAAGAAGACAGCAUGCACUUAAAAUGGUCUGCUAUUCCUGGCCUGAGUGUUGUUCGUUCCACAGUAGAAGAAGGGCAGAACACACGCGGCUAUGAGACUGCAUGGUUUGACUUCCCUAGUGGUAGAUUUUCUAACGGAAUACAUCCAAUAUAAGUCUUGACUCACCAGGCUCCCGAUGAAAAUGUCAUCCUCAUACGCAGCCGCUAUAUCUGCCCUCGUUAAAGCCAGCUCUCCUAAACAACAAGUCAAACCUGACCCUCACUCUGAUCCUGACCCUCACUCUGAUCCAGACCCGCCUGGUCGCCCCAUAUCUGUCCCCUCACCCAGCCCAGUUGGGCAACGCUGCCCUCCAGCAGAAGCACAUCCUGCUGCCCCUGAGGCUAUGGGAUCAUACGAGGAGCAGGAGAACCCGGCAGAAUACGGGAUAGGCGGUUAUUAUCCUGUAGAAAUUGGAGAGAUAUUUGAGGAUCGAUACCAAGUUGUGAAAAAGUUGGGAUGGGGUCACUUUUCGACUGUGUGGCUCUGCUGGGAUAUGGUGAAAGGAGGUUUCGUGGCUCUGAAGGUGGUGAAGAGUGCCGAGAUGUAUCGAGAGACAGCGCUGGAUGAGAUCAAACUUCUGAAAUGUGUGAGGGACAGUGAUCCCAGUGAUCCUAAACGUGACAGCAUUGUGCAUCUCAUCGAUGACUUCAGGGUCUCUAGAGGGAACGCGCAACAUGUGUGCAUGGUUCUGGAGGUACUUGGUCACCAGCUUCUAAAGUGGAUCAUCAAAUCCAACUACACCGGGCUUCCACUUCCUUGUGUCAAGAGUAUCAUCAGACAGGUCCUGCAGGGUUUGGAUUACUUGCACACCAAAUGUAAAAUCAUCCACACCGACAUCAAGCCAGAAAACAUCCUCCUGCAGGUGGACAAAGUGUACGUUCAGAAAAUGGCGGCCAACACCAAACUAUGGCAAAUGCCAGACUCCACUGGGUUGAACGUGAACUCCAGCGCCAAACAAAAAAAGAGAUUGUCCACCUUGAUGGGGAAGCUGACGGGGGUUUUCCACACCAUUGGGAAUUGGUCCAGUAAGACUUCAAGAUCGCAGCUGAAACGGUUAAUGAGGAAGGAGAAGAAGCCGCAGCAGCGAGGACAAGAGAGCGACCACAGUCAAAAAGAAACUUCUUGCGCUGCUGUUCUUUCUGAUGUGACGACACCCUUGAGCACACGCAGCGCCACCUGUCAAUCAUCACUUCUGUGUUCUGACCUCAAACUAAGGCGGCGGACCUUGCUGCUGUCUGACAGGCCGGACUCGUCUCUGCUCAGUCGCAGAAACCUCACCUUUUCCUUGCCAGACAUCACCAAAGAUGUAUUUCUGCACCCGGCUACAGACAUAACCCCUUCUCCUCCAGGCAGCAGUGACUGUGAUGUGCCUUUUGACUUCCUGUUGCCACGCAACGCUGAGAAGCUGCUCGUUAAGAUUGCAGACCUGGGCAAUGCUUGCUGGGUGCACAAACACUUCACUGAGGACAUCCAAACAUGUCAGUACCGCUCCGUGGAGGUCCUGAUCGGCGCUGAUUACGGCACCCCGGCUGACAUCUGGAGCACUGCCUGCAUGGCUUUUGAGCUGGCAACAGGGGACUAUCUUUUUGACCCUCAGCCAGGGGCCACAUUCUCCCGUGAAGAAGAUCACAUUGCUCACAUUAUUGAACUACUUGGAGCCCUCCCAUCACGGUUUACUCUCUCAGGGAAGAAGUCCAAAAUAUUCUUCAACCAAAAAGGACAACUGAGGCACAUCUCCAAGCUGAAGCCGUGGAGCUUGUUGGAAAUUCUUUUGGAUAAAUAUGAGUGGCCCAAGGAUGAAGCAACGCAGUUCAGCUCGUUCCUCCUAACCAUGUUGCAGCUUCAGCCGGAAAAGCGAGCCACAGCAGCUCAAUGUCUGAAACACCCAUGGAUCACAUUUUAAGAACUGUACCUGCCCAACACCACGGGGUGCCAAAUGUAAACAUUCAACCGCACUUUUCUAGCUGAUAUAUUAUGAAUAUAUAUCAAAUUUUUCUCACAUUUAGCUCUUUUCUUUCACAUUUGAGGUAGAAUCAAAUGGUGGAUUUACAUGUUGAAUCUAAAUGUUAAAUACAAAUAUAAAUGGUAAAAAAAAUAUAAAUGUUUAAUCUAAAUAUACUGUAAAUGUUCAAUCUAAAAUUCUACCGCUUGUCUUUUUUGGGGUCACCUAUUUCCAGGUGCAUGUCUUUGGAGGUGGGAGGAACCCACACAGUCACGGAAAGAACAUGCAAACUCCACACAGAAAAACCUCCAGCCCGGGAAUCUAACCCAGGACCUUCUUAUUAAGUUAAAGUACCAAUGAUUGUCUCACACACUCUAGGUGUGGUGAAAUUUGUCCUCCGCAUAUUGAGAGGCACGAGCACUAACCACUGCUCUACCAUGCGGCCCCAAAUCUAAAUGUUUAACAUAAGUAUUGAAUAUAUGUUAUACCUAAAUUGUAAAUACAAAUAUAAAUGUUAAAUCUAAAUCCUCCUCACUGCACAGCCUCUUCCACAGCACGGCAGUCAUCGUCACUAACGUUUAUAUUUAUACUUAACAUUUUACAUUUUACAUUUAGGCCCUGCGAUGAGGUGGCGACUUGUCCAGGGUGUACCCUGCCUUCCGCCCGAUUGUAGCUGAGAUAGGCUCCAGCGCCUCCCGCGACCCCAAAGGGAAUAAGCGGUAGAAAAUGGAUGGAUGGAUGGAUUUUACAUUUAGAUUAUACAUUUAUAUUUAGAUUCAACAUUUAUAUUUAACACUAAAUUUAAUAUUUACAUUUAAAAUUUAGAUGUAAUAUGUAAUUUCAGAUUUAACAUUUAGAUUUGUGUUUAACAUUUAGAUGUAAUGUUUAAUUUUAGAUUGUAUUCAACAUUUAGAUUUAGAUUAUACAUUAUUACGU